CGGGCCUUUGAUCGAAAUGUGGCCAUAAACGCACGGUCCAGCUUCUAAUCUUAUUCAUAUUCUGUGAUCCUGAGAAGAUACAAACCUUAAUUGUUUUUUACUCAAUACAUCAGGAAGAAUAUCGGGACCCCAGAUUUAGACUCGGAUUGAUGAUGUAAAGUAUAUCAACUUUGAGCUUCAUAUACAUAAAUUAUUCGGAUAAACUAUCAUCAUUUCCCGGACAACUCGACGUCCUUUCUUUCCAAGGAAUUCCUCCAUGAAUGGACGUGUACUUCAAUACUCAAUCACUCCAAAAUCCCUAUCAAGAUGUCUCUUUUAAAACUCUCAGGUUUCACAUACUCUAGAUCUCUUACCUAUUUUUUCAUCUUCACUCUCACAUUCUCGAUAUUUUCUUUUAUACAACAACCUUUUGUGUUUGGGGGUAGAAUACGUAUGAAGUCUCCAGAAGAAAUAAUUGUUUUCGGUGAUGGAUUGUUGAAGUUGGGCAUGGAUAUUCAUCUAUGGAGUGUUUUACGUAUGUUUUUUUACCCAUUUCUCUUUGUCGUCGUGAGGAUUAUAAUAUCUAUGAUAUCCACAGUAUUAUAUACUAUGCUAUGCUAUGUAUCUAUCAUGAUAGACCACACUAAGGUAACAUGAAAAUCAAACGGCAAUCACAACUAACAAUAACCGUCUCAGCCGCCGGAACUCUCCUCCCCCUUCAAUUCCUUCCCAUAGUAAGGAGAAAAUAUAUGAACCUACACAGAUACGCAGGAAGAGCCCUUUUUGUAAUGCUAAUCAUCGGAAACACAUGUUUGUGCUCCCUUCAUCUUCCUCCUUCAACUCGACUGACUAUAUGAAAAGGUGCUUUUGGAAUUGGUCAUGUUUCCUUCGGAGGGACACUUGAAACUAGAAUCUGGAUCUAUACACUCGGUGUCCUGGAAUUUUUCGCCUUGUUCAAAUCUUGGAUUGCAAUUCGACGAAAGAAAAUCGAAGAACAUCGGAUUUGGGCUAUUAGGACUUGGGGAUGGGCAGGUAGCGUGAGUCAUUCCGUUUUACCCCAUCUCCUAUCAUCUGAUCUCAUAUAUCAUCUUCCUUCAACCGAAUUUACCCGUUGAAUACAACCAAUUAAUCUCAUCCAACUAAAUCCCCCACCCCCCCAGAUCCUCACCAUGCGCCUCCUCAUGGUCCCCUUCAUAAGCAUCGUCCUCUCCCCCUCUACCCGUACCUUCUACUCCCUAACCACAUGUUCCUCUCUCCUCAAAUUAUACACAGCUCAUUCAUACCCCCUCGCAAAUAUCACGCAAACCUACCCCGUGUGUGAAAAUAUCGUCUCUGGAGUAGGAGAUUAUCAGGAUAUUCAUAUUCCAAUUCAAUUGGGAGUUUUCCCGCCGGAACGUUUGGUGGCUUCGUUGAAUAUGGUUUUUGGGACUGCGGGGUGGUGUGCGUUGGUUUUGCAUUUGGUAGGUGUGGAGGCUUGGUUGCAGUGGUCUAAGGGUGUGGAUGCGGAGAGGAAGGGAGGGAAGGUGAAGUUGAAGGAAUGAUUGGGGUGAGAGGGCGGGAGGAAGAGAGGGGAGAAAUGAUGGAGAGGAAUGAUGAAGUUGUGGAGAGAGAGGGUCGAGAUUGGUAGUUUAGAUAUAUGAGAUAUUAUAGAUUUUGUGAUGAGAAUACAACUUAUUUUUUACAAGAAAAA